UCCUUACACGUUCAACGUUACUUACUCAUUGUGUACAGUUAUUCAGGUAUUUAUAUUAUCAGUCGCGUACCAUACACGAGCUGAGUUAUUCAGAUUCUAACAGGUUAUGAGCCAUUGAGAGCCGUGCCCUCGAAGCCGCUCAGAAUCGCCCUCGGUCAGCACACACGCGAAACGUCCACCAACGAACGUACCAUAUCCCCCCUCCAACAUCGUAUAGACCCCCAUGGCGAUCGAGAACGCGCCAGGUGACGCGAAGAACGCGCCGCCACCCGACACAAAGGCCACCGUGCCGACCAUCCCUCUCAACGAAGUCAAAUCCGUCAGCCACUUCGCCGACUUCAAACCCCUAGACAAGGAGAAGGCGAACUACAAGGCAUGGCGGGUCUCCAUCGAGGACGCGCUCACCCUUGUCGGACUACGCCCCGUCGCGCUCGGCCUCAUCCCGCGACCAGAUUCGGAUGCCGCACAGGCCGCGAUCUGGGACAACAACGACUGUCUCGCGCGCGCCUGUAUCCGCCAGCGGCUGACCGAAGCGGAGCGAGACCACGUCGAGGACUGCACCACCUCGAAGGACAUGCUCGAGACCCUCCGCAAGCGCCACCGGCAGGAGGGUGCUAUCACGCAGAUGGCGCUCGACGGCGCGCACCAUCAUUGACGACGUCGAGCAUAUCCUCGAGAUAGGCUUCCCCACCAAAGACUCGAAACUCACUUGACACCCUGCUGUCCUCCGACAAGCUCGACCUCU